AUGCACGAUCCUUGGUGUGGCAGGGGCCUGGAGAGACAGGUAAGCGAGGUAAAUUUGGCCAACCAGUUGCGAGAAAUUCGGAAGAGCGGACGACUCUCCUCCGCCGAUGUCGAGGCCAUUCGUCAGCAGUGCACGGCAGAAGAACCAGCAAGGACGGAGACCAGUCCAGAGGCGUCUCGGGAUGUGCUAUGUGAGGAAGCCAUGGUGACUGGAGCGCUAGGCGACCGUGGCCUGGCGGGGUGCUGCGGUGGUGCUGGUGCUUCUGCUACUACUAGUACUACUAGUGCUACUACAGCUAGUGCAGUUGCUGCUGCUGCUGGUGCGACUACUGCUGCUGACAUGACACCGCAUGGCCAGGCUGUGUGCGCUUGUGCAUGUGGAAGCAGUUCACCCCACAGUACGUGUACAUGUGAGUUACCUAGUACUAGUGAUGACAGUGAUGACAGUGAUGAUGUGGCGUGUGGUGUUGAACCCAAUCUACCGACUGUAGAAAACGCCACCAACACUGAUGCUGAGCAGUACAACCUGGAAGAUGAGCUGCUGCCCAAAGAGAUUAGUGAUGUAACGGAGGAGUUAGAGAAGAGGUAUCGUGCAGAGGUCGUGGCCGACAUGGCACAGCGACAAUGCCUCCCUAAUCCAACAAAAAAGCAUGUACAAAAUAAAUUAUUAUACAGUGUUACCGCCAUGGUCAACUCUCAGCUCAGGCUUGUGUGUCGCCGGCUAUUUCCUGAUGGUGAGGCGUCGCUCCAUGAGAUCAAUUGCCUCGUGUAUGCUGGUGCUUGCGUUUGCAUAUCGACUAUCCAAGGCAGUCAGAAUCAUCCGACUGGCAAUGCCAAGCAAAACGGAAGUGACAAGGACCAUCCGCCGCAGUGGCAGAUCCGAUUGACAAAGGAAAUCGAUCAACUCCGCUCGGAUGUUUCCCGACUCACCAGCAUGCUACGAUAUCCAUCGGAGAAACAUCAUGACUUCUGGAGGAGAUAUGAAGUUGAAGUCAGAAACACAGACGAGUUGGAAAUGAAGCUACAGGGAAAGAAAGAUCGACUUCUUGCGCUAGCAGCCAGGAUGCGUCGAUACCGAGAAAAUGAAAAGGCCAAAAAAGCCAACAAAAUGUUCCAAAUGAAUGAGCGUGCUUUCUACCGGACGCUUCGGGAGCCUGCACACUCUGUUAGUGGUGCUUCAAAUCGAUUGGAGACGCCGCAAUUUCCAGAGGCGGGUGAAGCCACCGAAUUCUGGAGUGAUCUUCUGUCUACACCUGCGCCGUUCACCGCUGGCAUUGCCCUAGGUAGUUUGCUGCUCAAUCAAACCAAUGUCAUUGACGGAAACUCGUACGACCUGGUGAUUACAACUAUCGCUGGCAACAACACUCCUGAAGUUGUCACUCUGUACAACCAGAUGCUGUCAUCCACUUAUCAUCCUAGCGCUAUUCCAGCAGACCUUGCUACCACACAGGUCAUAGUUGCUGUGUUUGCAGUGGGCACUACAACACCUCUCAAUGUCUACAUAAAGGAUGAAUCUGAGGUGACCCAGAACAACUUGCUCGCAAUGAUGAAGGACUCGCGCAAUUACAUGAUGCAGGGUACGGUGGCCGGCAGGGCUGCUUCUCCAACUCGCCCUCUUACUGCUCAAACCACCUGGAAGGUUGCUGGCACACCUACCCCUACUGCUCAUUAUCGCAUCUUCAAUGCUGAUUGCUAUGGUUCAAGUCCUCCUGAUACUUGUACUCGGCCAACAUAUACAGCCAUCUCCAUGAAUGCCAGCUCCCUUACUUUUCUGACGUAUGGUGUUUACGAGGUCGUCUUCCAGGUCACCACAGGCUCUGGACCGACGGCAAAAACUAAAUACAUUACACCACCUCUCCGCCUCACUGUCAACACUGACAUCAUACUGGGACAGACACCUGUAUGCCCACUUCCCACUGCUGUCAAGGUACCGUGUACCUGCGAAGAUGGCUUCAGCUGGAAUUUUACACGCUGUGCAACGGUUGGCUCACAUCUCAUUGCUGCCGGAGUCCCAACUGGAACCAAUGGUACGAUAGUCCUGCAUAAUAUUCUGGGAACGGCGGAUCGCCCUAAAGUCACAUUCCUGAAUAAUCAGACCAUCGAUGCUCACCUCACCCCCAGUCAAGUCACAAGCAGCACAAACUUUGUUGCCAAUAUGAUGGUUGGCAUGACUUCCUAUGCAGCUGUUCUUUACUCCAUGAGUCCCGCACUGGCACGGGAAGCUAACUUUACUGCCGUUCUAAGUGGCUUCACCGAUCAAGAAAGCGUUCUCGUUCAGAAACACAACAUAACGCUCGAUAACACAAGCAUAUUUGACUUCGCUCCCAACGUGCCUACAAACGCUGAGUAUCGUACGUACAACUCAACUUGCUACGAGGCUACAGCACCAGUUAAUGGAUGUGAAUGGAUAGCUUUCACCAGCCCACUUAAUUUGGAGUGGGAUACGUACGAGUUGCUCUUCUUCGACCAAACUACCGAUAUGACGCCCGUCAACCAAUACAAGUACCCCGUGAUCGUCUUCAAAUCCUACGAUGUAAGUGUAGCUCCCACCACCAUGGCACCUGCAAGCACAGCAGUACCUGCAAGCACAGCAGUACCCAGGAGCAAGGACAGCAGUACAAUCACCAUCAAGCCUACGACCAAAGCUGCCUCCGGAGCCUCUUAUGGAGCUGCCAUGCCAUCUCUCUUGGCUCUAGUUCUCCUGAUGGUCGCCGCACUCCAUCUGUAAACGCUUGCCACCGUGUCUGCCCUGCAAGAACACAGGCAAGUUGCGAUAGCAUCACCAUGGCUACAGUGCCUCCAAGUCAGUAGCUGCCGGUGCACUGCCAAGGCUCGCUCUGUGUAUCCUGGCGGCUUCCGCUGUGUACGAGUACUUUGCCAUGAGUAAGGCCAUCUACUUGCUCUGUGGCCGACUUACACGGGUAGACGAUAUCUGGCCACCUUGUUUGUCCCACAUUCGUUAGUUCACCAUACGCACAUUCAAGUGCCGUACGGUCUAGUUUGUACUUGCAGCGAUUUCCAAUCCAGAAGUUGCUCGUUUGAUGAUGCAUACACAUAUCUUUCUUGAAUUUCUCAGACUCCUCCUGA